CUAUAUUGAGACAAAAGGAGGGCUUUCCGAAAUUUGGCGUUACUGUGGUUUCACGUGAACAGAUAUUAUUCAAAUGAAGGACCAAGAUGAUAAGUCUGAAAAAUCAAGGCUUAAGAUACUGAAGCGUACUGAUUAUUUAAGUGAUUUAGAUGGACUUCUUGUGAACUCUAAAAAUUUCAAUAAACUCUUCAUACAAAGAACAAGUGAGGAGUGGAUUAAGACUCAAGUUGAAAAAAUUGUUGAGAGCCGCCUUCAUUUGUCAAAAUUUAUUGAAGUUCUGACAAAUUUCAUUGUAUCAGAAAAUCAUCAUCCGCAUGUAGUUCAACAAGUACUUGUUUGGUUAAAUUAUUUCACUGAAAAUCAUUCUACUUCAUUGCAAACACCAGAAAUUCAACAGUCACUGAGAAAUUUAUGUUCAUAUUGCUAUGAAACGUGUACACUGGCAAAAAUGUACUUAGAAGCUGCUAAUCGUGGUAAUGCUGUUGAAAAUUGGUCAAAUGCUCAAAAAUGUAAUAGUUAUCUUCCCCGCAGAUUUUAUUAUACAAUUCUACCAAAAACCAGUUUUGUAUAUAUUGACGAUGAAAAUAUUGUUAAAAAACGAAAAGUUCCACGAGUCAAACGCAACUCAAUUGAUAUUAAAGAUGAUUUCACUAUCCCAGAUAAUGACGUUAAUGAUGAGCUAAUGGAUUUAGAUUCAGUAUCUUCUGUGAUAGAAAAUGAAUCAGAAUAUGAACAAGAAUCCUUGUAUGAAUCACUUGGAGAGUCUGAUGGUGGUGUAUUUGAUGUAAAUGAACCAUUGUCAUCUGAUGCUGAACAACAGCAACAACAGCGAUUUCCUUUUGUCCCUGAGGAUGAAUGGGGAGAGCAGGAUCAAGCCGAUUUAUUUGAAGCUGAAAGUGAUUCAGAUGAUUUUCAAUAUCCUGAUGUUGAUAAUGAUGGUCCUGAUAAUAUUUCUGUGUCAAGUACAGCAUCCUCUACAUCUUCAAAACAAUCAGUUAGCCUCUUUCCAGAUGUAACUGUCGACGUAGAGUGUACUUCUGCUCGUCAAGAUGAUUCCAGUGAUGAGAAAGAAGGAAAAGAGGAUUCCGGUAAAUCGGUGAUGAGUAGUGACAGUGAGUCAAUGAAUGAGAAUUCGAAAACAAAGAAAAGAUCUAAGAAAAAACCACUACGUAAAUCCAACAAAUUAGAAUUGGUCUCAAAUGAAUCGCCUGACAAUCGUCGAAAAAGUCUUAGAUCAAGUUCCAAAAAGACUACACCUAAAAAGUGAAAGGUCACUUUUAUAAAAAAUAUAGAACAAGACUGUAAUUAUAUUGUAUGUAUAUAACAUAAACCAAGUAUAAUAUAUUUAUAUCUUUUAUCACUGUGUUGGUGAAUCGAAACAAAUUAUAUCAUAUAGUUUAUUGUAGAUAUAUAUCUUAGUUUCCAUUUCCAUGGAAUUAGAGCGUAUAGCAUUGGUUUUGUCGGUGCAUUUGUGUUUUGUUAAUGUGUUCUACAUUCCUAGAAAAGAACAGUAGGCGUCUUUCGAUGCUUCACUUGGUUUCCGUUGUAGUGCACAGAUGAAGGUGUGUUACAGUGAUGUCAUAUUUCCAUUGCUUUAUACAAAAAAAAGCAAAUUUGAUGUACCUCUUGGCGGAGGAAGAAAGUGACCACUCUCUCUUAAUAUGGAGUUUGUGACAACUGUUGCAGUUGUAAUUUCGUGUUUGAUUUGUAUGUAUAAUUGCUGUUGCCUUUCAUUGUACAUAGUGUAAUAUUAUAUAGAGGAAAUGAUAGCCUUAUAUGGGUCGCUGUAUUUUCAGAGGCUUUGUAAGCCUAUUUGUGAUACUUUAAGUUUUCGUUCGACAAAAAACAGGACAAUUUCUGCAAGUAAUCGUAUAAUUUGCUAUUUCUUUGACAUGUUUAAAAAAAUAAAUAACAAAGACAUGUGGAAAAAUCGUCAUCCAUAAAUAAACGCAUUCAUAUCACUUCAUGGUAAAUUGUGUGACACACUA